AUGGCUUGCCACAAGUGUGGUAAGUUGGGGCACUUUGAGAGAGAGUGCCGGUCCGGGUCGCGUGAGCCGGAGAAGCCCAAGUCGGGAAAGAUGUGCUACAUAUGCGGUAGCCCGGAUCAUUUCAAGAGGGAGUGCCCAAAGAAGGGGGAAACCGGGGGCCGGCAAGGGGUUGCCUUUGUAGCCGGGGAAGGGGCGGAGACCGGACGGUGGAUUGUUGACACGGGGGCUAGCCAACACAUGACGGGGGUCAAGAGCUCGUUCUCAACGUUGGAGAUGCUUCAGCCGGGGACUCGCGCAAUCAAGUUUGGGAACAAGGGGUUCCUUGAAGUAGCCGGGGUGGGCACGGUGGAGUUGCGAUGCGAGACGCCGGAAGGUGAGCAAGUCAUCCUUCUCCGUAAGGUUGCCUAUGUUCCCGGUGUGGCGGAGAAUCUCUUCUCUGUCAAGAAAGCCACCGCGGUAGGAGCCGAGGUUGUGUUCCAUGGGAAGGUGUGCGAGGUUUCCAUGGAUGGAGAGGUUGUGCUUCGGGCGGAGAAGAAUGCGGAGGGCAUGCCCGUUGUUUGUCAACCGAAGACAACGUGGGAAGAUACUUGCUUGCUCGUGAGGGAAGCCGAGAGCCCGGUGUUGUGGCACCGGAGAUUGGGGCACGCCGGGUACGAAAGCCUAGCCAAGAUGGUUGAGGGGGACUCGGUCCGGGGUGUGGGGGUCAAAGCGGAGGCAUUCUGGAGCAAAAGAACCUCGGUGUGUGAGCCUUGCAUCAUCGGAAAGCAAACUCGUGAGCCCUCCCCCAAAGAGUCGGACUCCAAAGAUAGCAAAGAACCCCUAGAGCUCGUGCACAUGGACGUGUGCGGGCCCAUGCCGGUGACGUCAAAGGGGGGGAGUAGGUACUUGGCCACUUUCCUUGACGACUAUAGCAAGCUUUCGGUGGUGCAACCGGCGAUUAAGCGAAAAAGCGAUGCUUUGGCGGAAGUCCAUGGACGAGGAGAUGCGGUCCUUGUUGGAGAACGGUCUGUGGGAGCUUGCCAAAAAACCGGAGGGGGUGAAGCCGGUUCCCAUGAAAAGCAACCGGAGGGGUACGAGCAAGGCGGGCCCAACGUGGUUUGCCACCUCAAGCGCACCUUGUACGGGUUGCGCCAAGCGCCGCGUGCGUGGUACACGCGGUUGGAGGAGGAGCUCGGGAACUUUGAGUUCGUGGCGUCCUCGGCGGACGCGGCGCUCUUUUCGGGAGUGGUGGACGGGGAGCGGGUUUACCUCAUUGUGUGGGUGGACGACAUUCUCGUCGCGGCCCGAGGGGCGGAGCGGAUUGCGAAGGUGAAGGCGCACUUGGCGGAGAAGUACGACGUGCGCGACUUGGGGGAGGCGACCUACUUCCUCGGGAUGGAGUUGGCGCGCGACCGGGUGGCGCGUACGUUGAAGCUCACACAAAAGAAGCUCACGGGGGAGCUUCUUGGGCGGCACGGGUUGGCGGGCGCAAGGGCGCGCUCGGUCCCCCUUGGGGCGGGGAAGAAGUUGACACGAGAGGGUGAGCCGCUCGACACGGCGAGAUUCCACUAUAGCGAGCUCAUUGGAAGCUUGUUGUACUUGAGCGUGUGCACGCGGCCCGACAUCGCUCACGCCGUGGGUUCAUUGGCGCGCUACACGAGCGCGCCAACGGAGGCGCAUUGGGCGGCGGCGCUCGGGGUGGUGCGCUACUUGGCGGGGACGGCGGAAGCCGGAAUGACCUUUGGGGGGAGCGGCGAGGUCUUUAAAGCGUUUUGCGACGCCGACUAUGCGGGGGACGUCGACACAAAGCGUUUACGACGGGGUACGUCUUCUUGA